AUGACCCACAGGAGUUCCUCAUUAAACUGUGAAAAGAUAAUUGAACUACUGACUUCACAUCUAACAUCAUCCAAAAACCUACACUUGCUAUGUUUGUUCGGUAUUGAAGGAAUUCUAAAGGAGGAUGUCAUCUCAUCAGAUGUGGCUCUUAGUCUGCUCAGUUCUCACCUUAAAUCUUUGCAAGAUAGUCAGGAUAAAGCAGUCAGGGCAAAGUCACUCAAGAUUUUACGGCAGUUGGAGAGGCUUGAAGCAGACACUAGUCUAGAUCAGCCAUUGAUGCCUGAGGGGCAGCUCAAGCCCCAGUCAGUAUUUGAAGCUGCUGGUCAGGAUAUACCAGGACCCUUAGUUAACACAACUUCAAUGAAAGCUGCUGUUUCAAGAGAAACACCCUCUGCUAUAAUAGUUGGCAACUCAAAAACAUCUGGUGGUUCUUUGUUCAGCGGUAUGACUGUAGCAGCCAUGCCCCAAGUAAGUCCUGAAGAUCAGGUAUCAACAGGGAUGUCUUCAAGUGCUUCCUGUAGGACCAAGGAUUCUGAAGGAAAUCCAGUUUCCGAUUUGUUGAUAGACAACCAGUUCAUGUCAGAAUCAGGCUCAUCAGAAGCAAACCUACUUCUUCCAGAUGCUAAGGCAAAUUUAGUAUCAAAUCAUGAAACACAUGGAGACAGUACUCUGAUGAGUUCACCUGUAACCCAUGGUGUCAUUCCUGUAAACCCUGUAGGAGCAUCAGAAUAUCAAGACGUUGUUCAUCGAGAGGCAACUCAGCACAGAAGUGUGGAUCCCAUAAUGUCCAGAGAAGCAGGAUUUGCAGACCUCUGGAAAACAGUGUCCCCAAAGAAAGCGUCUUCUCACCCAAAGUCUUCAUCAGAACAAGUUCUUUCAAAGCUCAGUACUGUAAACCCUCAAGUCGAUAUGCCUUCCCAAAGACAUCCCAGCGGUGCAUUUCAACAACCAGUCAUGACUGCCCAGCAUAUUUCUCAGAUGUACCCACAGUUGUCAUCUGUCAUGUUGAGUGGGACUACCUCGGUGCCAAUCAAUCUUGCCAAGAAGCCAACGACAGGGUUUGGAUUCGUUGUGGACACUGAUGAUGAUGAGCAGCAGAAAGCUGGAACAAGUAGAGAUGCCUUUAGUUUCAUCCAAGAUGCAAUAAAAAAUAGUAAAUCAUGAUAAGAAGGAAAUAACCUUCCAGAAUGGUAUUUCAUGGCAACGUUUCUACCAGUACAGAUUAUGGAUAUUGUUCUAAGCUUCUUGCAUGGGUGUAAGGAGCCUGUUACAUAUAACUAGUUAAUCAAAUGCAUUUCCCCUAAUGAAAUACAACUCGACAACCGGCCAAGUGAAUCCAUUUGUUUAUAAAUGCGUUUAAUUCCAAGAAUUACCUUUAAUCAAAAUAUUCUGUUCUACUGUAUACUAAGAUUUUUCAUGUUUUUUUGAGAAAAUAUCAAAUUUGUGUCAUUCAAAAUCAUACCUGUUGAAAGUAAACGCAUAAUUAUUUAAACCAAAUUCAAUUUGAUAUAAAACUUUAAAUCCGAGAUUCUGAAUGGUCCUUUUAUUCAGAUAAUUUUUCAAUCAUUGAUUGAUCUAAAUUAAUAUGACUUUUGAUACAUUAUUGGCUUUGUUUUCAUAAAUAGCUGUUAAUUUGAAAUUCUAGUUCCCAUUUAAGUCAUUCAAGUAAUUAAAGGAUGAAUAUUAUGCACAUCUAUAAAUAAAGUUUAUCUUAUGGCCAUAAACUGUUUUGUGUAAAGUGCACCCCCCCCCAAAAAAAAGAGAGAAUUAUUGAAUAGUUUUAUCCUGACUUAAUCACAAAUAUAAUUAACAAAUGACAUAUAAUUGAGAAGCUAAGACUCUCUGCUGCUUUUCAUGUGAUACAUAUUUUUAGAAAAACAAUUUUGAAGAAAGGAUACCAAAAAGUCAUUUGAUGGAUGGUAAACGAAUUUAGAUAACAAUAUCACAUAUCUCAAAACCUCCAAUUAAUAUCCAUAUCCAUUUUAUAAAAAAAAGACGUUUUACAGGCUGGCUGUCGGACUUCAUUGCGUAGUCCUCUUUUCUAUCAUGUAAAAUAGAAUUAUUGAAAUACUAGUAACAGUUUAAAGAAAUGGGACUUCAUUUUGUCUUCAUUUUCUCUAUAUACAUUGUGCAUUGAGCGCUCUACAGAGUGGAUUUUGCACUUUAUAAGUCACAUAUAUUAUUAUUACUAGUAUAUCAUAUGGUAAUAUCCAAAAUAUAUAUAACUUUUCAACAAAAAGGGAAAUACGCAUAUUUCUUAUUUGAUAGAACUUACUCAGGUUUUUACUUAUAGUUUAUUUUUAGAGGGGAUAAGUAAUUGAAUACAUUCUAGCUAACAGAAAAAACUUCAGAAGUAGAUUUUUUUGCAAAAUCAUAAUUUUGCACUCAUUUAUAGAGCACAGAAACUAAGCCCUUCCAUCAAUAGAUGUAUUACAAAAGCUCCUGAUAUUAUUCCCAAUUAAUAGAAUUGUUUGCUUGCUUGGGCUAUAACCUGUCUUUCUAAGAAUCUUUGAUGCUAUAUUUGAGAGUUGUUUGCCUCAAGAGCUUAAGCCCUUGAUUUGCGAAUAUCCAUCUGUGUUAAUUUUUGACAAGUGCAAUAAAGUAUAAAGUCAACUA